CCGCGCCCUGGUCUCCGGGGAUGGCUCAGGGGUGGGGUGGCCAGUGAGUGGUCUCCUCCUCCGGCGGGCGCUGCGGCGGCCUCCCGAGAGUGGCGCGGGACGGCCGGGCGGGCGUGGAGCUGUCUGCACGGACUAGGAUUCCAGAUGGCAAAUUCUAUGAAUGGCAGAAAUCCUGGUGGUCGAGGAGGAAACCCCCGCAAAGGUCGAAUUUUGGGGAUUAUUGAUGCUAUUCAGGAUGCAGUUGGACCCCAGCAAGCUGCAGCUGAUCGCAGGACUGUGGAGAAGACUUGGAAGCUCAUGGACAAAGUGGUGAACUGUGCCAAAAACCCCAAACUCCAGUUGAAAAAUAGCCCACCAUAUAUACUUGACAUUUUACCUGAUACAUAUCAGCACUUACGACUUAUAUUGAGUAAAUAUGAUGACAACCAGAAGCUUGUUCAACUGAGCGAGAACGAGUAUUUUAAAAUCUACAUUGACAGUCUAAUGAAGAAGUCAAAGCGAGCUAUCCGGCUCUUUAAGGAAGGCAAGGAGAGAAUGUAUGAAGAACAGUCGCAGGACAGACGGAAUCUCACAAAAUUGUCCCUUAUCUUCAGUCACAUGCUGGCAGAAAUUAAGGCAAUCUUUCCCAAUGGCCAGUUCCAAGGAGAUAACUUCCGGAUCACAAAAGCAGAUGCUGCUGAAUUCUGGAGGAAGUUUUUCGGAGACAAAACCAUUGUACCAUGGAAAGUCUUCAGACAGUGCCUGCAUGAGGUCCAUCAGAUUAGCUCUGGCCUGGAAGCAAUGGCUCUGAAAUCGACCAUUGAUUUAACUUGCAAUGAUUAUAUCUCAGUUUUUGAAUUUGAUAUUUUUACCAGGCUAUUUCAGCCCUGGGGCUCUAUUUUACGGAAUUGGAAUUUCUUAGCUGUGACACAUCCGGGGUAUAUGGCAUUUCUCACUUAUGAUGAAGUUAAAGCACGACUACAGAAAUAUAGCACCAAGCCCGGAAGCUACAUUUUCCGGUUAAGCUGCACCCGGCUGGGACAAUGGGCCAUUGGCUAUGUGACUGGGGACGGCAAUAUCCUGCAGACCAUACCUCAUAACAAGCCUCUAUUCCAAGCCCUGAUUGACGGUAGCAGAGAAGGCUUUUAUCUUUAUCCUGAUGGGCGAAGUUAUAACCCCGAUUUAACCGGAUUGUGUGAACCUACACCUCAUGAUCAUAUAAAAGUUACACAGGAACAAUACGAGCUAUAUUGUGAAAUGGGCUCCACUUUUCAGCUUUGUAAGAUCUGUGCAGAGAAUGACAAAGACGUAAAGAUUGAGCCUUGUGGACAUCUGAUGUGCACCUCGUGCCUUACUGCGUGGCAGAGAAAAAGUGAAGUAUUUAAGGUAGAUCAUGACCAGCAAAAAUCUACUGCUUUAGUUAUCCAGCAACCAUACCCUUUGAUAGAAGCAAACCUGGACACUUUAAUGUUCAUUCCCAAUGACCUCAG